AUGAAACUCUCACUCAACCUCAUCCUGAUCAUCGGAUCCGCCGCCAUCAGUCAUGCCACUCUAGUCCCGGUCCCCGGUGCCACUGAAGAGCUUUGUGGACGUCUCGGAGUCAUGUACUACGAUCCUGAUAAUCUUCCCCAUGGCAUGGAGGUCCACGAAAUACGGAAGUGUGCAGGCCAUCCCUUGGGUCGCGAGAACUAUUGGGGCUGGGGGGAUUACUUGCCGAGAUGGUUUCCUUAG